AGAGAGAGAGAGAGAGAGAGAGAGAGAGGGUUGAGUGUUCUGGUUUGAAUGUAGCGGCUCGAGUGAACGAAUCUGAUCCAGAAAGAGCGAAAGUUUGACGCAGAAACAUGAGAGAGUUUGUGUCGAGCUGUUGUCUGAUUCUGCUGUGUGUCUGCGGCUCCUCACAGUUGUCCUUGUCGCGGGACGAGGCGAAUGAUUUCCUCCGCAGACACAGAAGGGCGUACCAGGUGUUUGAGGAGACCAAACAGGGUCAUUUGGAGCGGGAGUGUGUGGAGGAGAGAUGCUCCAAAGAGGAGGCGAGAGAAGUGUUCGAGAAUGACCCGGAGACGGAAUAUUUCUUCCCGAAGUAUCUGGUUUGUUUGGAGAAGUUUGGUGACUCUGAGAAGAAGAAACAAGAUCUGAUCACCUGCGUCCACAAUAUUCCAAAUCAGUGUUCGCCCAACCCCUGUAAUCAUUUGGGUACGGUGCGCUGUGAGGACAAAAAAGGCGAGUUCCUGUGUCAUUGUUUCACAGGAUGGACUGGGGUCAGAUGUGACAAAGAUGUUAAUGAGUGCAUCAAACAAAACGGAAGGUGUGACCACGACUGUAAUAACACUGUGGGUAGUUACCACUGCUCCUGUCGUCAUGGAUACAGACUGUCCGGUCACCACACGUGUCUGGAUGUGCACGAGUGUGUGGAAACUCCAGAUGUUUGUGGAACAGCGAGAUGCUCGAACAUCAUCGGGAGCUAUGACUGCCUGUGUGAUGAUGGAUACGUGUAUGAUAACAACACCAAGAGUUGUGUAGACGUGGACGAGUGCGAGUCGCAUGUGUGUGAGGAGGAGUGUGUAAACACGGCGGGCAGUUUCCGCUGCUACUGUAACGGGCGUCAGGGGAAGAGACUGGGGCCAGAUCAGAAGAGCUGUGAGUCCAUUGAGUCACAUCUGCCGCUGGACAUGAAGAGGAACUCUCGAUCGCUGUAUCUGGGUCGCAUGUUCAGUGGGAUUCCUGUCGUCAGGCUGCGCUUUCGGCGCCGGGUUCAAACCGGAUUCACAGCAGAGUUUGACCUCAGGACCUUUGACCCGGAGGGCGUGAUCUUCUUCGCUGGCGGUCACCUGAACAGCUCGUGGAUUGUGCUGGUGAUGCAUAAUGGGAAACUGGAGCUGCAGCUGAAAUAUGGAGCCGUGAGUCGAGUGACCAGCAGUGGACCAUUGGUGAAUGACGGACAGUGGCAUAAGAUCUCAGUUGAGGAGCAGGGGAGGAGUCUCGUCAUAAAGAUUGAUAGGGAGGCGGUGAUGAAGAUCGCAGUGAAUGGAGAUCUAUUCACUCUGAAUAAAGGCAUGCAUGAGCUCAACCUGACAGUAGGCGGAGUUCCCUUCAGAGAGGAGGGGCUUGUCAGUAAGGUUAACCCGCGGUUAGAUGGUUGUAUGAAGGAGUGGCGCUGGUUAACCGGUGAAGACACGUCAAUUCAGGAAACCAUCAGACACAAUGAGCGCAUGCAGUGCUAUGCCAUCGAAGACCACAGCGCCUUCUACCCCGGACAAGGGUUUGCCUUCUUCAAUCAGAGCCACGGUGACAAUCAAACCCUUAGUAUUCAGCUGACAGUGCGUGCUGCCUCCAGUAUGGGUGUUCUGUUUGCAUUGGUCCGCCAGGACAGCGUCCCAUUUUCCAUCUCUCUCUCUGACUAUCAUCCGGUAACACUCGAGUGGACAGAGCACGUGCUGGUGUCGUUUGGUGAUGCAGUCGGGUCCAGUGUUGCAGUGAAUCUGUGUGAUUCAGACACACACACAGUGAAUGUGACUGUAUCUGGUAACAGCUCAACACUGGUGGUGGACGGUCUGAUCGGUCAGAUGGAGCAUGUGGAGAAUCUGGAAGGUCUGGAUCUGUCCUCUUCAUACAGCACUUUUAUAGGAGGGAUUCCAGAAGUUUCUCUGGUUUCCACCCCAGUCUCUGCGUUCUUCACCGGCUGUAUGGACGUGCGAGUUAACGGACAGCUGCUGGACGUGGAUGAUGCCCAACAUAAACACAACGGCAUCCACUCUCACUCCUGCCCCCUAGUGAGUGCACUACAAUAACACACACUCACUUGAACCAGCCGAAGCCCAGAAACAAACUGCCAGCUGGACUUCACAUGAAACUGACGGAAAAUUCCAUUCAGAGUGCUUUUGAAACAAGAUGCUUAAUCCGGAUCCAGAAAUUGAUCCACUAAGGCCUAAACAAGCCACAUCCCAUAAAUACAUCACGUACAAACCCAAAGCUCAAAUAUUAAUCUCAAUACACACUCACAUUACUGCAUCACAUGCACAAGCGCAUACAUACAUCACAUAGACACUGUAACGCGUAUAUUUAUGUAUUAUUCACUGACACAUAGAGAUUUACAUUAGAAGAAACCACAAGCUACUGAGAACACGUGUGUGCUGUAAUAUACUGUAUAUGUAAAUAUGUGACUGUAAAAUGCUUUUUAUAUACAGAGUCCAGCAUUAAAGGCCUUCAGACACCAUCAGUGUAGGUGCUCAAUCACUCUUCAUUUUGUUCUGUAUUUUUAGUUUUUCUAGUUCCUUCUUCGUUUGAGAUCUUUUUUUAUUAUUAUAUACUGUUGUUUUGUAUUUCUUUCAUUUGCGCUCAUUGAAAACAAAUAAAGGC